ACCCAAUAUGGCAGCAGCAGUCGCUCCUGCGCUGUAACUACAGCAACAUUUCCACAAAUACAGCAAUAACAGGCACCGACCAGAUUGUAUUUACAACCCAACCGCAGGCAUGAGGGAGAAACAAAGGAAGAAGAAAGGGAGGACCUGGGCAGAGGCUGCCAAAACGGUACUGGAGAAGUACUCCAACACACCCAUGAGCCAUAAAGAAAUUCUUCAGGUGAUCCAAAGAGAGGGUUUAAAAGAGAUCAGAAGCGGGACCUCUCCUCUGGCAUGUUUAAAUGCAAUGCUAUACACCAACUCCCGAGGGGAAGAGGGAAUUUUCUACAAAGUACCUGGUCGUAUGGGAGUCUACACAUUGAAGAAGGACAUAUCAGACAGUGCAAAGGAUUUGUCAGAGGAGGGCUCCGAAGAUAGCAGCGACAAUCUUUCAGAUUCACAGAGCACCGAGAACAACAAUAACAGCAACAAAGACAUGAAGAAGAGCACAUGGAAACGAAAAGUGCCCUCCAAACUCCAAUCGCAGCCUCCAUCACCUCAGUCCAGAUGCCAGUCGCCCUCCAUUACAGCGAAUAAGGUCAUCUCCCCAUCACAGAAACACUGCAAGAAAGCACUCAAACAGGCCCUGAAGCAGCAGCAGCAGAAGAACCAGCGGAGACAAGGAGCAGUGGCUGCUUCCUCAAACCCACGACUCCUUCUGAACACCACGAAAGACAUGGGCGACCAGACGGCUUUCAAAACCGGGUGGGAGGUGAAACAGUCAGACAAACGAUCGUCCAGCCCUCCGAACUCCACCUCCAGCUCAUCAUCUUCUGUGAAAACAGACCAGUCCUCUUCAGCAGCUGGCAAGAAAACAUCUCAGAGAUCUGACAGACUCAAUGCAAGGCAGCUGAAGCAUUCAAAAUGUGCAGAGAUUGACGUGGAAACUCCAGACUCCAUCUUGGUGAACACCAACUUGCGGGCCUUGAUAAACAAGCACACUUUCUGUGUGUUACCCCCAGAGUGCCAGCAGUGCUUACAGAGCCUUCUGCCAGAGGUGGAUAGGCAGGUGAGUGCUGAUGGAUUGAUGAAGUUGAGCAGCUCGGCCUUGAAUAAUGAAUUCUUUACAUCUGCAGCUCAAUCCUGGAAGGAAAGAUUAUCAGAGGGAGAGUUCACACCAGAGAUGCGACUGAGAAUACGACAGGAGAUAGAGAAAGAAAAGAAGGUGGAGCUGUGGAAGGAAGAUUUUUUUGAGAGCUACUAUGGCCAGCAUUCUGGUCUGAGCUUGGAAGAAUCAAAAAUGCUGACAGUAGCCACUAAUGUCCCAGAAGCCACCAUACAUCAGCCCACUCCUUUAGCCCUCGGACAGGCGCCUGCAGUGAAGACAGAGGUGAAGGCCGAGCUCAAGAAGGAACUCAAGGUUAAAAUAGACAAAAAAUCUGCCUCUGAAAUUAAGAAAGAGGACAAGAAAGCCUGUGGAACAUUAGAAAUUUUAAAGACACUGCCCAGAAAUAAAACACUGAAAACAGAGAGGUCACAGGCCAAAGCAAGCCCUGAAAAGACUCCAGAAAGCACUGUAGUCGAGAAGCCCGUUGUGGAUGAAGCAAAGGUGGUUUCAGGAGCAGUUAAUGUCAAAACCAAGGAAGAAGCAACUGAGGAAGAAAUCCUGACAAGAGAAUCACAGGAACAGGGUGGGUCCAAAUUAAAGGUGUCUCCACAGACCACUAAAAUGCCCAGUCUCGACAAAAUGGAAGUGACCACGACACCAGUGGACAAGCAAGAGGGUGAUAGACCCAGGAAGAUGGCGGAAGCAGAGCAAAUGGAAGUCGCCCAGGCAGGACUGAAAAGAAAGUCCCCUAGUCAGCAGGAGGAGGUGCUGUCAAGCCCUGAGAAGAGGCCCCGAGUGUCAGAGCAGCAGCUAUUUCGGACCCCUUCCAAAAGCCCUCAUAACAGCAGGGAAAGCACUCCAGAGCCAAAGGUCCCACCUCUAAAGAUUCCUGUCUCAAGGAUCUUGCCAGUGGCAACCCCUGCUGAUCAGGUCUCUCCCAGGGCCCCAUUCACAUCCCCUAUCACCAGUCCUGGGCGUACAGGGGCACGUACCUUGGCCGACAUCAAGGCUAAAGCCCAGUUUGCCAGGGCCCAGCGGGCAGCUGCUGCUGCUGCAGCAGCAGCUGCAGCCACAGUUUCAUCUUCAGGGGGUUCCGUGCCGGGCCCUGGGCCAGGGGGAGGAGUUAGCCCUGGAGGGGCCUGUGGCCCAGGAGAUACAGUCAGUGAGCUGGAUACAAGGGGAAUUACAGCAGAACUGGGAAGAGCUGGAGGAAGGGGAGCUGCAGGAGGGAUUCUUCCUGCCAGUCCAGAGGCCCAAGCCAAGAGUUUAUCCUUCAAUGGCUGUGAUUCGAGAACACAAUUACAGCAAACCGCCACACCAGAGGCCAGAGCCUGCUAUACCAGUACGGCCUCCAACUCGUUGUCUUCAGGGUCCCCACCAGCCAACACAUCUCCAAUAGGGAACUCCAGCACAAAAAACACAGCUAGUCCAUUAUCAACUUCAUCGCAAUCAUCAAAGUCUGGCGGAGCAUCCAGUUUCACUUUUAAAGAGCAAUCAAAAUCAGCAGCUUCUGCUCUAGAUGUAACUCAGCCACCAAUGCAGUCAUCAACAGAUCCAGUUACUGAUGACAGUGAGAAUGACACUGACAAAACUGAAAAAACAAUAAUUACAGAAAAAGGUGUUGAUUUGUCUAAGGAAACAUAUGCAUCUCCGUUAGUACAACAGCCGUCAGCCUCAGUUGUCGCCACGAUGAAGCCCCCUGCCAGAGUCUUGGUCUCUAGCAUGCCUACUAUGUUUCUGCAUUCUAGCACUGCAGUAACUCUUGAGACUUCAAGCAGUAUUCUCUCCACAGCAUCAAGCCAAAAGAUGCCAGGGAUCCACCCUGCAGACAGGCCUGUAACCAAGACUAGCUCUUCCAUCCCUGCAAACAACCCGCUAGUCACCCAGCUUCUGCAAGGAAAAGAAGUCCCCCUUGAGAAGAUACUUCCAAAAACCCUAACCAGAAAUGAAGUGAAACCACUUAUCGUGGCCUCAGGUGAUAAAGGGAAAGUGUCCAACGCUACCACAGUGGUGGUGUCUGUGGCAAACAGUGAGCAUCAAUCUAGAGCCUACCCAGAACUCUAUGGAAAAGCGGUCAACUCACAAAGACAUUUGUGGCCAAGCCAGGUGAUGAUGGGUAGGGUGGACCUUGCCCAACAACAAAGAGAAACGCUCAAUAAGACCACACAGCAACAGAUACUGCAGACGCUCAUUAAGAGGGCCCAGGGUCAACAUUUUAUGCCAGUGUCACAUCCGUCACAGCAGGGGUUCUGCCACUUUGGCCUCCCAAUAGAAGAAAAUUCCAACAGUCAAAAAUUUACAUUGGGUUUCAUGGGCCGGAAAAGAACCUCCAAGCCCGCCAUGUCAGGUCAUUACCUUCUCAACAUUUCAACUUAUGGGAGAGGAUCUGAGAGCUACAAACGGGCUCAACUGGUCAACACAGAGAACCGGCUGGGAAUGAAUGUCCCCUUUUCCGCCUUGAAGAAGGAAUUCAAAGAAGGUGAUAUGAUUCCUGGGGAAAAUGAAGAGCAACAUGCAUUUGAGAGAGAAAAUGAAAAGCAACACGCAUUUGAAACAUCCAAUGAUUUGGCAGCAGGCCAGUCUGAACUUUCAGCUAUCAAGAAAGAGCUGCAGGUGCCGCUGGAUGUGGAAAGAAAUAGAGUAAGCCCAAGUAACAUGCAACCUGAUGCAUUGCUUGAUGUCAGUUACAAUCACAGGGUUAAGAUUGAGUCUGCCUUGAUAGAUCAGUUACCAGACAGGAAGGAGGGCUCAGCCCUGUCAGCCAACAACAAUGCUGUGGCCUUAGCCAAAGAAAUUGACCAAGUGUCCAAGUCUAGCAUAGCUCACAGUGAAACUGGCAAUCACCCGCAGGGUAACUCAGAACAUUAUCAAAUGCCAGUUUCUGCAGGAAACCAUCAGCAUCAAGAAUCUAUUUGCCACCAGAGGAAGUUUUAUGAAAACCAUAGAUCAGAGGUUGGACAUUUUUAUGGUGGUAAAAUCAAUGUGUCUGCAUCACAUGCUCUGAAUCACAGUUCCAAGGCACCUGGGAACUCUCCAGGCUACAGCCCAGUAUCAAGCAGUGCCGGAAGUGUCAUGUCUUUUUCAGUGACUGUCACAACAGUUCCUGCCAGCUGUACCUUAGACCAUGUUAGCCAUGGGGAAAGAACACCAAUGCAGGCUUUCACAGAAGGCUCCGGCGUAGAGGAUUCUCCUUCAAACUGUUUCUGCCGGCUGAAAGCCAUGAUCAUGUGCAAGGGAUGUGGAGCAUUUUGUCACGAUGACUGCAUUGGCCCUUCCAAACUGUGCGUCUCAUGUCUAGUGGUGCGAUAAGAGAAAAAAAUAAAACACUGACUGGUUUAAAUCAGGAUUUCUUUAUGUAAUAUCUCUCUCUCGCUGCCCUUCUCUCUCUCUCUCUCUCUCUCUCUCUCU